AUGUCCUACUUGGCUGGUGGGAUGGCGAUAUCUAUCCGUGGUCGCCAGGCUAGCCGCAAGGAGGCUCCCAUUCUGGUCGUGGCACCGCAUUCCUCGUUUUUGGACAGCUGUAUAGUGUAUGCGACCAGGAUGUCUUCUGUCAUAGUGAGGAAGGAAAGCAUGGACAAUUAUGUGGGAAAGUUAAUAAACUACACACAGCCGGUGUAUGUGUGGCGGGAUGACCCUAACUCGAGACAGAACACGAUCAAAGAAAUUAUAGAACGAGCCACCUCCAAAGAAGACUGGCCUCAGGUGCUAAUUUUCCCUGAAGGUACUUGCACGAAUCGCUCUUGUCUAAUCACGUUCAAGCCUGGUGGCUUCUACCCUGGGGUACCGGUACAGCCUGUAACGAUCAGGUAUCCCAACGCUAAGGAUACCGUAACAUGGACCUGGGAAGGACCUGGCGCAUUGAAGCUCCUAUGGCUGACGCUAACUCAAGUGCAUAGCUCCUGUGAAAUCGAGUUCCUUCCCGUCUACUAUCCCAGUGAAGAAGAGAAGAAGGAUCCCAAGCUGUACGCACGAAACGUUAGAGAUGUUAUGGCCAAAGCCCUAGGAGUGCCAGUUUUAGACUACACGUAUGAUGACUGUAGACUGAUCGCUCGCGCCAAACAGCUCGGCAUACCUGGCGGAGCGUUAUGUAGGGAGGUCAGCGAACUUAGGGCACAUUUGGGGUUGGACAGUUCCCAAUCAGACUUGGACCCUUCUCCAGGCGCCUGGUAUGACUUGCAACAGUUCGCGCGUCGCCUCGGAACAGACACACAGAACCCACACGCUCGACGGCUUUUCGACAUUUACAAACAGAGGUCCAACGGGCUGGUAUUCUUCCCGGACUACCAGCUGUGCGCGUGUUAUCUGUCUCUACAACAUGAACCUGUCGCGACGCUUCUACAACACGCCUUUAAGCUGUACGAGGCGUCAGGUCGUCUCAGUCGUAACCAGUUCGAGCACGUGGCCGGCCGCUGUCUGGGGCUGUGUGAGGAGGACGCGGGGCACGCCUUCACUCAGGCCGACACGGAUGAGAAGACCUUCAUCACCUACGAUGACUUCAUAAACUUCGCUCAGAAAAAGGCGGAAUACUCAUUCAUCUUCACAAGUGAUUCAACAAAACCUAAGACUCAGUGA